AUGCUCCACAGCCAUGUGAGCUUCUCCGGGCUCCCUCUGUUCCAGCCCAUCCUCAAGACCUGCCUGGAGAACACUUACAAAAUAGGGCCGGAUGAAGGCUGCAAGUUCAAUGCAGGGCGGGUGCAGAGGGCGCUGGAGGGAGCCCUGGCUGGGGGCCUGGGCACCCGGAGCCCCCAGGGCAGUGCACUGCUAGCCCAGAACCUGGUUGAGAUGGUGCAGAGCAGAGCAAAGGAGGUGGUGCCACCCCGCUACAAGCUGGUAUCCCACGUGUUGCUGGGGCAGCAAGGCCAGCAGAGCCUGCUGGUGGCCAGCCAGGCACUGUGGGACCCAGAGAGUGAUAGCUUUGCCUCCGCCACCUUCUGCAAUGCUUCUCUCUUUGCUGUGGCCACGGUGCACGGGGUCUACUUUGAGUAG